AUGCGUUCUUCUCGCUCUCUCUUUUUCGCGCUCUGCGCACUUCCUGCUGUUUUCUCCGCACCGGCUGAACCGACCGGCCUAGAUGAUGCCAUGAUUGCCAAAGUCAAGGCCAACCUGCGAGUCAUCGCCACUCACAGCUGGGAGAUCGGCACUGAGCUGGAGACGUUGACUGAACUCGAAUGGCCGUCCUUGGCCGUCUUCGAGGGCACUCUCCCCCCUCCCACCACGCUCAAAUCUGGUGAGGCCGCCGAUGUGAUCGACUACGCAGCUGCCAUCGUGGCGAACAUUACGGGCGAUGGUCCCCUUAUCGACGGUGAUGGUGCCGUCGGCGACCCAGCGAGCAUUGGUCAAGCCCGACGAAUCGUUCUCCUUGCCGCCGCAAACCAACUCAACUACCUGCUGAACGUCGCUCCCCACACGGAUGACGGUGCCAUCUCUCAUCGUGCUGAGCAGGUCCAGCUUUGGGCGGAUUUCGUGUACAUGGCUCCUCCUUUCAUCGCCUACUACGGUGCUCUCCAGGGCGGCGAUGAGGGUCUCUCAUUGCUCAAAGAAUCGUACACUCAGUGCAAGCUUUACCGCAAGUACCUUCAAGAUAACGGUACGCUCUGGAGGCACAUCACCUUGGGUAGUUGGUCGGACAAGAACCACUGGGGCACCGGCAACGCAUGGGCCGCGGCUGGGAUGCUCCGCGUCCUCGAGACUCUUGCUCGCUCGGAGUUCUCCUCCAGUCUCACCCAAGAGCAGGUUGACUUGACCUCCUGGGUCAACGAGAUUUUGACCAGUGUUUGGGCGCUCCAGCAAUCCAACGGCACGCUGCUCAACUACCUCGAUCAACCGGCCACCUCGUUUGGCGACACUUCGAGCACUGCCCUCCUCGCGGCUUCUUCCUACCGUUACGCGACGAUCACUGGCGACCUUACCCACAUCCCUGCCGCCAACCGCGCCUUUGAUCUGAUCAAGGCUAGCUUGACGGAUGAUGGCUGGCUGCUCAACACCGUCGACCCUGAGUCGUUCAGCACCCCCUCUCCCCCUGGCGUCUACAGUCCCGAGGGUCAGUCCUUUGUGCUGCUUUUGCACACGGCAUGGCGCGCUUUCAAGGCCGCUACUUCCUUGUGA